AUGACAAUCAUCAUCCACCACCUCCAGCGCUCCCAAUCCGAGCGCAUCAUCUGGCUCUGCGAAGAACUAGGCAUCCCCUACGAACUAAAGCUCUACACCCGCGACAAACACACCCUCCUCGCUCCGCCCGAGUACAAAGCCCUCCACCCCUCCGGCACCGCCCCCAUAGUCUACGACGGCCCCAUCCACCUCGCCGAAACCGACGCCAUCACCGACUACCUCCUGGCCAAGUAUGCGCCUACCCCCAACGCCCUCGUGCCCGCGCCCACGGCGCCCAACUUCGCCGACUACAUCUUCUGGCGGCACUUCGCCAACGGCACGCUGGGGCCGGCGACGGGGCGCGUCAUGAUGUUCGCGUUUGCGCAGGUCGACGCCGCCAACCCCGUCGGGCUGGGCGUCAAGGCGCGCUUCGAGAACGCGGCGCGCAUGGUGGAUGACCGGCUAGCCGCGAGCAAGUGGCUUGGCGGGGACGAGUUCUCGCUGGCGGAUCUGAUGACGGUGUGGCAUUUGACAGGGCUGCGGCAGUUUAAUCCGUUUGAGCUGACGCCGUGGCCGCAUGUGGUCGAGUGGUUAAAGAGGGUCGGGGAGAGGCCGGCGUAUAGGCGGGCAAUGGAGAAGGGGGAUCCUGGGUUUGAGCCGUUGUUGGGGGCGGGGAAGCCGGAGGCGAUUAGGAGGGGGUAG